GGAUCCAGGAACGACCUAAGAUGCACCCGUUGCAACCGAAGGCAUGCCGUCAGACGCUGCCCGGCAUACGGCAAAGUAUGUUACUCGUGUAACGGCCGAAACCACUUCGCGUCUUGUUGCAGCGAGAAAGAGCGCGUGGAUGAAGUGCAACAUCAGAGCGACAACUUCGAAGUACUGAAUGUCGCCAGCAGCAGCGCAAGCAGAGAACGAGACUGGCGUGUGAACGCCUGCAUUGACGGCAAGUACGUCACCUUUAAGGUGGACACAGGAUCGCAGGCAAACGUUUUGCCGCUUUCAAUGUUUCGCAAGCUCAAGAUGACAACCCUGAUGCCCAGUAGCACUGUUUUGAGAUCCUACGGUGGCAACAUGAUCAAGCACAUCGGCAAGUUUUCAGCGCUCAUCGAGAUUGGUGACCGUAAGGCGUGCGCAGAAUUUUUUGUUGUAAAGAAGGACCACAGCACGAUCUUAGGCUUGGAUACCAGCGAGAAGCUUGGACUCGUACGGCGGGCUGUUGACAGCGUGACGACGAACGACACCGAAGAAAUUACCAAGGAGUUCCCACGUCUUUUCCAUGGAACAGGAUGCGCCCCACGUGAAUACAAGAUUGAGCUGCACAGGGAUGCCGUGCCAGUCGUCCAGCCAGCUCGGAGGGUUCCCCUGUCCCUGCGGGAGCCUCUCCGUACUGAACUGGACAGAAUGGAAAAGGAAGGCAUCAUCCAGAAGGUCAGCAGCCCCACAGAUUGGAUGGCCCUUGCUGAUAUGCUGUCCCGAUCACCUGUUCCUGGACUCAAGGCAGCUGCAUGCACGAGUGACGUCGAGAUCCAUGCUGUCACGGUCGUAUCAGCACUCGGCGAGUCCUGUUGAAGAUGGCCGGUCCCCGGGCGAACUCUUGCAAGGAAGGCGGCUGCGCACACCAUUGCCGGACUUCAAUCCAAUGUCGGUAACUCUAGUCAAGAAACACCGGCAGAGAAGUCAUCAUAGGCGCACCCUACCUGGCCUCUGCGACAAUGACGUGGUACGCUUGAAUGGGACAUCAUGGGCAACGAAAGCUAAAGUGGUCGGAUCGGCCGGCCCACGAUCCUUCUACGUGCGCACAGAGAACAAUACCGUGCUGAGGCGCAACCGUCGGCAUCUUCUAGCGACGAAGGAGCCAUAUAGUGUUGAUUCAUCAGACGACGAAGAUAUUGCCAACAACCACACCCCACUUCAAGGUAUGGCGUCAUCGACCACCGCAGUCUCGCCCGCGGAAGCUCAGCAGCCGUCGCCUAAACCACUGAGACGAAGUUGACGACAGACGCGGCCACCAGAGCGUCUGGGUUAUGACCAGCAGUUCCAGCAGACAAGCCAGCGGGAUUGAUUUCUUGAACUGUUUAGAAGGAGGAUGUAUCAUAUCUGAUGAAAGCACAUGUGCUAUCUACAGGCACGAUUGCCUCGUGCAUACACCCACCUGGCCCUCACCUUUUCUAACCCUUUCCACUUUCAACUAUAACUACCAACGCAGAAUAAACGAUGGGGUUCAUUUGCUUCUUGACA